UGAAGGAAUUCUGCUGGUAGAAGUCCAGCAAUAGCCUAUGGGGAGCUACAAGCACUGCCUCUUCUUCACACAGAAGUUCCGGCGGAGCGAAGCGGCGCCGCCGCCGGACGUGAAGGCGGCCUUCGAGGCCUACACCGAUGGCGGCAACCACAUGGGGCCCGACGAUCUCCUCUGCUUCCUCGCCGAGGCCCAGGGCGAGGCCGGCGCCACCCUCGCCGACGCUAAGCUGAUCGUUGACCGGGUCCGGCAUGUCCACUGCCUCCACCACCGCCUCGGCCGCCCACUCCUCACGCUGGAGGACUUCCACAGCCACUACCUCUUCUCCGACGAGCUCAACCCACCCAUCCGGACACAGGUUCGCCAAGAUAUGACUGCUCCAUUGUCUCAUUAUUACAUGUACACAGGCCAUAAUUCAUACUUGACCGGAAACCAGCUUAACAGCAAGUGCAGUGAUGUCCCAAUCAUAGAAGCGUUGCAGAGAGGUGUCAGAGUAAUUGAGCUGGAUUUGUGGCCAAAUUCUGCAAAAGAUAAUGUUAAAGUUUUCCAUGGAAGGACACUGACAAAACCAGUGAAACUCCUCAAAUGUUUGAGGUCCAUUAAAGAGUAUGCUUUUUGUGCAUCGGAGUACCCUGUUGUGAUAACUUUAGAGGACCACCUCACCCCAGAUCUUCAGGAUAAAGUAGCUGAGAUGAUCACUGGAACAUUUGGAGACAUGCUUUAUUACCCCCAGACAGAAACUCUUGAGGAUUUUCCUUCUCCAGAUGCUCUUAAGAAGAUGAUCAUUAUUUCAAGUAAACCACCUAAGGAGAACAACUCUCAAAAGGGAAAGGUAACAUCUGAUGAUGAACCAACGGCACAGGAGUUUGCAGAACAAAAACCUGAACUCGAAUAUGAUGAUAAGAAUGAUCACGAACGGAAUGAUCAUGAUCAGGAGGAAGAUACUGAUGGUGAUGACUUCUUCCAGCAGAAUUCAGCACCUCGAUACAGACUACUUAUCACUAUUCAUGCUCAGAAACCUAAAGGUCGGUUAAGAGAGUCGCUAAAGCUGGAUCAUGACAAAGUAAGGCGGCUUAGCUUGAGCGAGCAGGAGUUUGGAAAGGCAGCAGUAUCCCAUAGAGCUGAUGUUGUAAGGUUCACUCAGAAGAAUUUGAUCAGGAUAUACCCGAAAGGUACACGUAUUACAUCUUCUAACUACAAACCUUUGCUUGGGUGGCAGCAUGGUGCACAGAUGGUUGCAUUUAACAUGCAGGGAUAUGGAAGAUCUCUUUGGCUGAUGCAUGGAUUUUUCAGAGCCAAUGGUGGUUGUGGUUAUGUAAAAAAGCCUGAUUUCUUGCUAGAGGCCAAUCCAAAUGGUCAGGUAUUUGAUCCCAAAGCAAGAUUACCUGUGAAGAAAACCUUAAAGGUUAAAGUAUAUAUGGGAGACGGAUGGCGCUUGGAUUUUAAGCAUCUGCAUUUUGAUCCCUAUUCCCCUCCGGAUUUCUAUAUGAAGGUAGGGAUAGCUGGAGUGCCAGCUGAUUCAAUGCAGAAGAGGACGAGAACGAUAUUUGAUGAUUGGACACCAGUAUGGGAUGAGGAAUUUGGUUUCCCAUUAACUGUUCCAGAACUGGCUUUGCUGAGUUUCGAAGUCCAUAAGUUUAACAUGCCCCAGAAUGACUUCGGCGGACAGACCUGCCUGCCUGUAUUAGAAUUGAGGCCGGGGGUCCGAGCCGUGCCGCUCUACGACCGCAAGGGAGUAAAGCUAAAUUCUGCGAAGUUGCUCGUGCGUUUCGAGUUUGUCUGAGACUGUAGCGGAGCUUUGUUGUCUGCUGGACUUCCCCUAACCAUGAAAUUAUACCACUUUGCGUUAUAACAUUGUGCAGUUUGCUGCAGAAGCUGUGGUUUGUUGGACAUCAUUGAGGAGGGUUCCAGACUAUAACAUGCAUUCCUACAGUUCAGUGGACAUCUAAAUGACUAUGAUAUUCGUAAUUUUGUGAUUUAGAUCUUGUACAUGGUGAAAGAAGAAUAAUACUCAUGACAGCAGCAGCAACAAUGAAAUGCUGCAAUGAUUCCCAUUCAAAAUUUUUAU